AUGGAGAACGAUCGUCCAACCGAUAAGAACAACGAAGAUGAUUCUCCAAUGAGUGAAGAUGAUACGGUUUACGUGUCAGCUUCAGAUCAACCAGGUCAAAUAACAAUCAAUCUGGAGAAAGACAUGAAAAGAAAGAUCACGAUCAUCAGUGAAGUCGAGAAACCGAAGCGUCCUCGUCGUGGAUCCGUCGAUCUUCGUCGUCAGGCCAUUGUCAACAAUGCAAUUCGUUCAGCUCAAUCGACGGCUUCUUCUCGUUCCAGAAGUCGUUCCAAGAGUCGUUCGAGAAGUCGUUCGAGGAAUCGUAGCAGAUCUCGUGGACGCUCAUUGACUCGUACUCGAUCCGCCAGUGGUGAUAAGAUAAAGAAGAGAUCUACAAGUCUUCAGUCUCGUUCUAGAUCGAAAUCUCAAGGACGAGUUUCACCGAUUCCAAUAGAGAAGAUAGAAGAGAAAAAGAUUGAUCAAACAUUGUUGCUCCGUCUUCCAACUCAUCUUUCGAAUAAAAGUGUUUUCGGAUGUCGAUCAAAAGUUGCCCCCAAAUCAAUUCAACUUCCAUCUCCAUUGUUUAUUCUAACUGAACAACAAGUCGUUGGAGCAAGUGAGAAAAAGACAGUUCAAUUCGUCACUAAAAUCCUUUUGACUUCCCACAAAUUGUCAAUUGAUGAUCGAAAGAAGUUGUAUGCAGAGAUGGUCGAAGCAGAAUAUGUUGGAACAUCUCGUUCUUCUUCUGAUCUCAGUCAAUCAUCAGAUGAUGAACCAGAAGAAGAUUUUCAAUUGAAAAUGUAUUAUUCUUCAAAAGGAAUAUACAUUCAUUCCGUGCAGAAUGUUCACAAAAUUCGAAAUGGAAAAUCAUCGAAAAUUACCGAGGAAAAGAGUUAUUCCAACAUCUGCAAAACUAAAAUUGUGGGAGAUUUGGGAAAAUCAGUUGAGGGAUUUCUGAAUGUUACUUGUUCUGAAACGGUUUCAGUCACCAAUCAGAACUAUACUCGUUCUGAACAUUUCAAAAUUGGUUUGAAAGAUUCCAACGUUCUUGGAAAUAUUGCCAUAAACUCUCUGAACACAACUUUUGAUCCAACAAAGACAAUUUCAUUCAACGAAGUGGUUAAAUUUGAUAACAAGAACAUCGGAAUUGAUAUCCACCAUGACUGUAUUGCCAAAAUGAACAAAAUGUGGAGUCAUGAAGUGGGAUCUUUCGGUGAAGAGAAGUCCGAAUACCGUGAGGUCAAUUUCUUUUUCGAUGAAGGAAAAACUGGAAAAGAUCAGCAAAAAACGGCUAGAGCCACAGGAUCUUCAGUUGUCCAAACUUCCAAGAAAUCGACUGAAAACUCUAGUAAAUCUAGUGAUGUUUCCAGCAAUCAGAGUGUUUCUUUAUCCAAUUCUUCUGCUUCUGGUAGUUCAAUUAGCUCCAAACGGGCUGAAUUCAGAACUAAAAGACAGAAAACAUUGAGUUCAAUCAAGUCGACGGAUCAACGGAAUUCUACUGCCAACGAGUCAUUUUAUCACUCGUUUCCAGCUGCAACUUCUACUCCGAAGAGCCCAAAAUCUCCAUUGAAUUCCUCUACAAUUCUCCAAUCAAAUAUCAAAUCGGCUUCUAAAACAACUCCGAAUAAAAGUCCACUUCGUCACGGAUCUAUUCCAGUCAAAGUGCAAGGAGAGAAGCACAGUGAUAACGAAAUUGAUUUGGAUAAAAGUUUGAGUUCAAAAAAACCAAUAGCGUCUAAGAAUUUGGCUCGAAUCGUGGAAUCACAGAAGAAAAAAGAAGAAGAACUCACUUCGAAACCACCAACAUCUCCUGGUAAUUCUGUAUACAUGUACUCAACUGGAAAUGCCAAUAACUCGACAUACAUGACAGCUAAAGAUCUUCAUGAUUCUCGUAUUUCUUCAUCUUCUUCUGCUCCAAAAUCAUUGAUUUCUCCACGUGGAAUUUUGCGUGUAAAAGAGACAAAAGUGACACGUGAAGUACGCCAAGAAGAAGGAAAACCAGAUGAAGUGAAUGAGAAAAAAGAAGAAACUGUGAAAGAGGAAAAGGUUAAACUUGACAGAAAAUCAAGAUCAAUUUCACCUGCAACUCCUACACUGAAGAAUACUCUGAAUCAGAAUAUGGUCACUUUGAGUACAGUGAAAGAAACUCAUCAAACAUUGGAUGUCAUCCCAAUCAAAGUCUCUGAUGACACUUCUCCAUCUAUCAAUUCUUCGUUUGUUUCUGGACAAAAAGCAUUCAAAGAAGAGGUUCAAUUGGACAUGAUGAUUGAUAAGAAACGUCUUGUUCUCAAUGUAAAUUUCAUGCUUUUGGCUGAAAAACAACCAGAAGUCGAGAUUAUUGGAUUCUCGUUCAAAGGAAAUAAAUUGUGGGAAAAGAGUUCCGAAUGGAAUCUUUCCAGUGCUAACACUACUAGUCAUACUAAAACCAUCGCUCGUCAAGCCAGCAAUAUUCUUGAAGACGGCAAAACCCAAGAAGAGAAAAAGUAG